AUACACCUUCCCCCGACUUCACUAAUUUCAUUCCCACGUGUAUUCUUUUAAUCAACCUUUUUGACUCUUCUCUUCUUCAUCUUAUUAUAAAACCAUAACUUCUUCCUUUCUUACAACUUCGAACACCAACAACAUCAACAAGAACAUCAUCAAAAACAACAAGAAGAACAAGAUAUUAUUAAACAACGGUUCGCGAAUGCAAGGUGCAUUAGAGUUACCUCCUGGGUUCAGAUUUCACCCUACUGAUGAUGAGCUUGUGAAUCAUUAUUUAUGUAGAAAGUGUGCUUCUCUCCCAAUCGCUGUUCCUAUUAUCAAAGAAAUUGAUUUGUAUAAGUUUGAUCCAUGGCAUCUUCCAGAAAUGGCUCUUUUCGGUGAGAAAGAGUGGUAUUUUUUCUCUCCAAGGGACCGGAAAUAUCCAAACGGUUCACGGCCGAACCGGGCGGCCGGAACCGGAUACUGGAAAGCCACGGGAGCCGAUAAGCCGAUUGGAAAGCCGAAGCCUCUUGGAAUUAAGAAAGCACUGGUUUUCUACGCUGGGAAAGCUCCUAAAGGUGUUAAAACUAAUUGGAUCAUGCAUGAAUAUCGGCUUGCAAACGUUGAUAGAUCCGCAUCAAAAAAUAACCACAAUUUAAGGCUUGAUGAUUGGGUGUUGUGUCGAAUAUACAAUAAGAAAGGGAAGAUUGAGAAAUACAAUGACGAUACAAAAGCAUCAUCAAUGUUUUCAGAGGAAGUUCAAUUUGAGAAUGAGACGAAGCCUAAGAUCGAAACGAACGGUCACGAUGAUUUCAGGAUUGUUAACGAGCAGUUAUAUACUGACACGUCAGAUUCGGUGCCACGCUUUCACACGGAUUCAAGCUGUUCUGAGCACGUGGUUUCGCCGGAUGUCACGUGCGAUAAGGAGGUUCAAAGUGAGCCGAAAUGGAACGAAUUUGUUCUUGGGCCUGAUCCAGUGUCGGCCUUUGAUUUCCAGUUGAAUUUUAUGGAUGAUGGUGAAGAUGACCCUUUUGCCCCUCAGGUUCAGUAUCAAAUGAAUCAACUUUCGGGUUGGCAAGAUGUGUUUACGUACCUACCAAAGUAAUUUAGUUUUGUUAUUUUGAGUAGUGAUGAAAAUAGGUCAUGGUCGUGGGGUUUUAGAGGAUGGGAUCCUAAAAAGGAGGGGUCCCAUGGGUAUUUUAAAUUGGUUGUAGACAAAAAUCACAUUCACAUUCACAACUACUAACUGCAACUUCAAGUGGAUAUGAUAAUGGUGCAUGUGUGUUCUUCUUGGGUAGGUGAUUACUAGGGACUGUUCUAUUUGGGUUGAUAUUCAUUUGUUGUAUGGUUGAUAAGUUUAAGAAAUGGGGUCAUUAUUUGUAACUAAAACAAUAAGCACAAUGAUCUCAAUUCUAGAUCCAAUUAGUCAUGUUAGGGGUAUAUGGUAGUGUUAACAUGAAAGGAUUCAUGUAGAAAAUUCUUGUUCCUUGUAGUAGAAUUUUUUUAAUAUGUUUGUUAUAUAUUCAUUUUAUAAUCUUAUGUAUCUUAUUUAGAAGGAUUAUAUUGACAACUUAAAUAUAUAAAUAGUGUUAAUUCAUUGGUAUAGGAGUUAGUCCAUUAGUGAAGAUUUGAAACUACGAGUGUGAUCUUCUCAAGAUCUUAAAUUUCUUAAAUACUAGUUCAAUUCAAUUAUCUCGAGUUUAAGUUUUUUCAUGUGAAAUGGCCUUAAUAUAAUAACUUCUGUAAUUAUCAGAAGCUAAUACUAUACAGUCUACAUAAUACCCUGCCCCAAUAUACUAUACACAAAUCAUAAGCAUACAUAUCUCUACACCAUGAAGACAUUAGUAGUUUACACUUUACCAUCACCAACUCUAUAAACUGCAUUAAUCUAUUUCUCUACUGUCAAAUUCAUAUGAAUGCUUGAAUUAUAUAGUUCUUAUGAUCAUAAACUGACAUCUCUGGAUUUUGGAACACCAUUGCAAUCUGCCGGUCCCCAUCCAAUCAACUCUUUCUCGUUGUCGAAAACCAUCACUUUGUCUAGCAUGGAUAUGUCUGCAUAAACAAAUACAUAAACUUACUUAACAUAAUUCAGAGUUCAUGAAUCAUUUAUCAAUAUAUAUGUGUUAGUAUUACUAUUAGUGUCAUGCUUCAUAGAAUAUUAUCCAGAAUGAUAUAGUAACAAUGUAACUAAAUUCAUACCUCCAAUUAGGUUCAAUUCACCCAAUCCUACUUCCGGACCGUUUAGAAUGCCUAGACAAACAUUCCCCUUGUUCUAGCAGAAACAAAAUGUUAGCAUUCACACGUGAAAUGUUCCUAUUAUCUACUAUACUAUAGCAGUUAAACAAACAUAGAAAAUGUAGAAAAGUUAUAUAACUCACUGAUAUUAUUAAAUAAGCUUCUGGAGGAAUCUCAAACUGAGAUUUAACUUUUCCACCAUUGCCGAAACUAAGUGUUAGUGGCUUGAAGUAUUUCUUCACUUCAUUUAUGCUUCUGAAAGGUUUUUUACCAUGCCAACACAUUGGUAAAGUCUGGUCAUCAGGUGCUACUUUUAAUGGCUUUCUAUGUAAUUCCUUAUUCACC